UCCCCGCCGGGCGAGGCAGCGCCGGCCACCUCCCCUUCUGCUCUUCCUCCUCCUCCUCCUCUCUGCCUUCCUACUUCUGCGCCGGCACCGCUCCGGCUCCGCCGCUGCCCCCCGAGCCGCCGGGCUUCCCCCGGAGCCCAGCCCUACCCCGCCGCCCCCUCCCCGUCCCCGGCGCCGCCGCCGCUCGCACAAGAUGGCGGGGACCGUGGCCGAGCGGGACGCUCUGAAAAUAGAGGACGGGCAUUUAAACAACUCCCUGGGAUCCCCGGUUCAGGCUGAUGUGUACUUCCCUCGGCUGAUCGUCCCCUUCUGUGGGCACAUCAAAGGAGGGAUGCGGCCGGGGAAGAAGAUCCUGGUGAUGGGCAUCGUGGACCUCAACCCCGAGAGCUUUGGCAUCAGCCUGACCUGUGGGGAGUCGGAGGAUCCUCCUGCGGAUGUGGCCAUCGAGCUGAAAGCUGUAUUCACAGACAGGCAGUUCAUCAGAAACUCGUGUGUAGCUGGAGAAUGGGGAGAAGAGCAGUCGUCUAUUCCUUACUUCCCAUUUAUACCGGACCAGCCUUUUCGGGUUGAGAUACUUUGUGAGCAUCCCCGUUUUAGAAUAUUUGUGGAUGGACAUCAGCUCUUUGAUUUUUACCACCGUAUUGAAACACUGUCAGCAAUUGACACGAUAAAGAUAAAUGGAGAUCUUCAGCUUACAAAACUUGGCUGAACUUGUUAGAACUGUAGAUUCCAAACCGGCUCAGGUGCCAUCGUCUGUGUGGAGAAGUGACAGCCGGCUCUGGACACAACCAUAGUAGGAAGGCUGUUCCUUCUCUGUGUGCAGUUCUUCACGCCUGUGCCGAUGAACUGGGCUGUUGUCUAAUUUAAUGAAGAACAUUGGUGGUUAAUAGACAUCGAGCCAUUUUUCUUUGAUCAAAAUAGCCCACUUGUGCUGGAUAAUCAAUGGAAUGGAUUCAGAAAGACUUGCAGUCUCGUUUCAAAUCUCACAGAAAGGUGAUUUCUGAAACACAGCACUAAAAUCAGUUACUGCACAGCAGUAACAACAACAAAAAAAGGUUUUUCUUUUGCAAAUAUUGUUUCUGCACUGAAGUGGAGUAGUGUAGCACAACGUAGGGCCACAUGUUGACGUCCUUACCCGGGGCCUGAGCCUGGUUCCACAGAAAUCAAUGGCAAAUCUGCUAUUCACUUUAUCGGGGUACAAUCAAACUGUUUAGUCCUUAGUCAAGCACAACUCCCAUUGAUUUCUAUGGGAUUUUUGCACAUGCCCAGGGGCGAGAUCUGCUGCUGGUGUUGAUCAGCUAACCUCCAUGGCUUGCAGUGGCAUCCUGCUGAUUGCUCCCAGCUGCUGAUUUUGUCCAAGGACUGUGCAAAAAACUGAAUGAGGGUAUGAGGACACUAGCCUGUAUAUUUUAGUCAGGGUAUUUGCAUAGAAUGUAGAUUGUUACAAGUUUUUGCACAAUGUACUGUUAAUACAAUUUUUAAAGCUUAUCUGUAGUUUAUUUAUUUAUACUCAUUGUAUGUAUUAGUAAAAACGAACAAUCUUACUGAUGGCUAAGAACAGCAAAGUGUAAACAUUUUGAAUGUACAAAAUGUCUUGGGUUCUUUGGGUAAACUCUACAUAUCGUUCUGGAAAAUUCAUGUUUCGUAUUGAACACUGAGUUACAUUUUAACGGAGCCCUCUGGGCCCUGGGAAAAUGUGGGCAUGGUACAUGGUGGGAGCUUUUUGCAUAUAUUCACUGAACUGUUUUUCAGGGCUUACUAACUUUGCUGUGCAGGAUAGGUUUGAGUUAAAGUCAAUCUGUUUUUAAAAAUUAAACAGCAAAUUUGUAGCUGUGCUUUUAUAACUUGAGAAGAAGUAAAAUUUGGCAGUCUCUUAGCUCAGCAAGAGAACUAGCCUCUUUCCAGGGGAGAUGGGAGAUUUUUUUUGCGCUCGUUUGAGAACAUAUUCGGCCUUUGAUAUGACAAUUAAAACUUGUCUAGACAGCCAAGUUAUUAAUGCUUGAAAAUCAUCUACUGCACAUGAAUAAUAACUUUUCAAGUAGCUUUUUAACUAGUAGGUAUAGCUGUAUAAACAGAGUCAUUGUGCUACACUAUAAAUGAACACAACCACUUUUCUUGACUUCUUUAGGAGUAAAAGCUCUUUUUCCUUGGCUGCUCACAGUAGACCACGGCAAGUCUUUCUGAGUAGUUAUAAUCAUGAUAUAAACAUAUAUUUAGGCAAUUUUGAAGACAUGUAAUGUAGGGACACAGAAUAUAAAAGCAUCAUUUGUAGCACAGUAUUAAAAAAAAAAGAGAGAAAAAAUAAUCUCACAAACAGAGCUAUAUUAAGCUUGCAAUAAAGAAGUGUUUCAAAGCAACCAGAACUGGAAUAUCCAAAGUGAAGGGUAGAAUGCCAGUUGCAAAGCCUCAUUUUGUGCUAAUUUGGCCUGCAGUUAAGAAGCCUUAGACUGCAAGCUGAAAUUCCAGCUAUGGCUUUAGUCCAAAGGCUGCUGAGGUCAACCAGAGUCCUCUGAGCACAAAGGCAUAGAAGCCUGAUUCUUGCUUCACUCAAAUGCAGAUCUCUCUGUGAAGCCAGGGGGUGCUGCUGUGAAUGAGGUAAGAAUUGGGCUCCCACCUACAAAAUGAGUGAAUAAUGGAAAUUUUAGCCUUAAGAUUGAAGCCCCCUGACUUUUUUUCCUUUUUCAAAAUUAAGUGAAAACCUGUUGUUUUCCAGAUGGUCUUUUUAUCUGGUGUAUGGCUUUUAAGUUAUACAUCAGAUUCUGUUUGUACUCCGGAUUGAACCUCAAUAUGAAAUGUUCCUGUCUUGCUCUGUUUUUACUCUUCUCCAUGAUUCACGAUGACUGUGUCAUUUUUCAUCGUAUAAAGAAUGCUGACAGUGUUUUGGUACAAAAUACAUUCUUAAAAAUGGUGAUAAUAAAAAUCCAAGGGGAAGGUGCUUCCA